AAUGUUCUAUAACUUGUAUGGAUUCUCACAGCUGAUACUUGAUGACAGUAGGGUGGUAAUUUACGAAUGAUGGAUGUUCCUUGGGGGGAUCAUUCUGUGCCCCGGGGAUUGGACUUUCUUCACGACAGUGAUAUUGAUCUGGAGAGCUCGCUCCCCCUGUAUCUUGAGGAACAACAGAUUCGGAGGAGAGUAAUAUAUACAGGGAGGAAAAACAAAUCGACCUCUGACGAAAUCAGUGCAGUUCAGGAACUAAGUACUGAUGAAUACACUCCAGGAGUUUUAAAAAUAUUUGGGGACAAAAUUGUUCAUGGAGUUGAAUAUAAAAGUGUUUUAGCCUCCAAGAGAUCUACUGCUGUUGAACUUGUAAAGCAGGCUUUGGAACGUUAUGGAUUACCCCCGUCAUCGCACUCACAGUAUGUUCUUUGUGAUGUUGUUGGAACAUGUCUACCUAGCGAGUCUACAUCCGAGAGUGCCGGUACAGAGUUGGUCAGAAGAAGUAGUUCCAAAUGGAGGAGAGUGUGUUCUCGGGUGAUAUCAGAAUACGACCGUCCUCUCCUGCUGCAGAAUUACUGGAAGCCAGGAGAUGGUCACAGCCGACGUUACGAACUUCGUAUGAAGUCGGAGUUCUCUGCAAUUCCCUCAGAGGACGAUACUUACGGAUUGAACGAGAAUGCUCGCCGGAUAUCUAUGUCCAAACUCCGGCGCGGUGCCAUUCCUUCCACCAUUACAUGGCAAGAACGAAAAAUUGAAAAAUUCGCGGACCAGCUUAAUCUGGACGGAACUUUGUCUCGAAUCAAGUCACCUUGGAUGGUGAGGAAAACCGAGUGCAAUAAAGUUUUGAAUGGACUUAAUGUUGAACAUCCCAGUAAUUUUCUUCCUGACUCAUUCCUUCAAAACAAGAAACAAAAUACAGAAUCAUUUUUUGCGCCAACAAAUCGUCCAUUUUUAUUAACACUAAGGGGUUGUGACCCCAAUAGAGAUCCUUUGUUUCAUGUGUUACAGUCUAGAACAACUCUUGUGUGCAAUAGUAAAGAGAAGAGUUCAAAUUGUAUAAGGCUCUUUGCUCCUGAUAUUCAUAUUAAACAUUGUCAUCUUCAUCUUCGACGUCUGACGUCGUCUGACAAUCACUCUCCUGGCUACAACUACUGUUUGGAGCUGGAAUGUGUCGUUCCUUCCAAUAUUAGAGUAAAUGGAUACCCCGUCAGUUCCAGAACCACUGUGCAAUGUGGGGACAUUCUUUCGUUGGGGAAUUAUUACGUGUUUCUCUUCAAGGAUCUCACCGCUGGAAUGGAUAUUCCUGCAGACCUUCUAUGGUUAGGGUCAGUCGACUCAAAUUGUAACGUUACAGACACUAUCCAGUAUCUUUCAAAGUUUCCUCUCAAACAAAACAUUGUUCACGUUCCUCCCCUGAUGCUUAGCCAAGCAGUGGAUGACUCAAUUUCUGUGUCCACGGUGGAAUCCACUGGAGAAUCUGUUGGUGAACGCUUCCGGUUCGCUUAUGCGCGUGACAAAGAGGAAGAGGUUGUCAAGGCGAUUGCCGCCAUUAUACGUCAAAACUCUGUAGAUUUUUCCUUGGCUCCUGCUUUUUUGUACAGUAUGUGCAUCGAGUACGCCUGCCACCAGAAAGACCGCCAUCACAUUAGAAACUUGCUGCUACGAAUCCUCGUAGUUACUAGGGAGAACGUUGCGGAGCUGUCUAAAGCAUUACAAAACAACAAAUUUAACUGUGGUUUAAUUAAAAGUAAGAAACACAUCACCAUUGGAGAGGAUUACCUGAAGUCCUUGUUAAGAUGGAUGUCCAACUGUGUACAGCUGAUACUGUACCUCAGGGGACAGUCCUCUAAGUACAGGGCUGGAGGGAGGGGCGGACUGGACGACGAUACACAGGGAGCAUUUCACGAGCUAGCCUCUGGCCUAGAGGAGAUUGUGGUUUUCUGCUUCCAGCAAACUGUGUACACUAUCACCAAGGCUCUCUAUAUGUUGAUGCCGGCCGUGCUCGAUAGUAACCCAUUUUCAGAAAAUCAUGGUCCAGAGAAGCGAGGGGGAGUGUGGAAAAUCACAAUGGUCCUUGACGUCAUUAUACAAAUGACCAGUGGACAGCAGCUGCAUACAGAAGUCGCUAAACAGCUCUUCAUGUACAUCUUCUUUUUCUGCAGUACAUCUGUUUUCAACCGACUCUUUCUCCGGGAUGCUGGAUCCACUUACUACAACUGGACAGCAGGUGUCCGGAUCCGUGCCAACAUAGGAGAGUUAGAAGAAUGGGCAACGAGGAACGGUCUAGAUGAAGAAUUCAAUCAAAUCUUUGAGAAACUUUUAACAGCUGCAGAGCUUCUGUCAACCUCUAAAUCUAUUUUACUGAAGUACGACUGGAUGAACAUGAGAGUGAAUUAUCAUCCUCUGAAUGAGGCACAGUUGCAUCGUCUGCUACAAGGAUACAGUCUGGGCGGGAAAUCUCCACCAUAUUGCUGGAAUCCACCACCAGAGGACCGGCAUCAAGCUCUGCAAGAGGAUGAGAUUCUACUGGAGAUGUCAGGUCAUCCACCCUUUCUAUUUCCACAAGACUAUGGCGUCAUAGAUCUCGCUCAUCCACCAGACGACACAGAGUUUUGGGCACAUUUUAAAAAACUAUACGCACAAUAUGGCAUUGCCGAAGAUGACAGCGACAUUGGAUCGAAUGCUUCAUACACGCCGCAGUUUGUGGGUAGUUUUCCGAAAGUAGAACUUCAGAAGUCAUUUUUUAGUAAGCCAUUGAUAAAACAGAGAAACUUUGGAAAUAAACCUUCCCCAAGACGAGUACAGUUCGCCCCAACAAAUCUGGAGACCGAUUCCGAUACUCAUGCGCGUGUAGACGCACGCAGAAACUUACGCCAAUCUAACGCAAGCGUAUCAAGUGAUUCUGUGUUGGUUAGAGGUAGCGUUCUGAGAUGUUCCGGAGGCUCUAACCAAAGAUCAGUGUCACUGAAUGAUUCGGCAGAUAGACGACUGGAUGAACUGAUAACAAACGGUCUUACAAGUGAUGCCCCUGUUCCAGUAAAAGGUGAUAUACAAAAUAUCCGAUGCCUGAGCCCCCCGCCCCCCUUGCCUCCUCGUCAUGUGCGAGAAAACUCCCUUAAUAUCCCACCAGACUUGCCACCCAAACCCCACGCAGAAAACAUCCAGUUAACAAAAACUUCCAAUGUAUCAGAACAUUCCGAGUACCUUGGAGCAUCAAAUCACAUGAAAUUUGAAUCUCCAGUUAAUGAUGAUGACGAAGGAGAAUACAUGUUUCCAAAGAAUCUUUUGGUAAAUGGGAAUAAACAGAUACUAGAAAAUCAACAGCAGAACAGAAUGGGCACCAGGCAGCAGCACAGUCCACCAUCAUCCAUAGACAAUAGGUGUCAGUACAGUCCUUCCUCACCUAGAGACGACGUUUUUUCUGAUACAAGUGAUAACCAGGACGUAUCCCCCCGCUCAACCAGUAACCCAGUAUUUGCUGUUAGUAUUGCAAAAGGCAGUAGUGGACUGGGACUGGGGUUAAUUGAUGGAUUGUAUACCCCACUUCGUAUGGCGGGGAUCUACAUUAGAAAGAUCCUGGCGGGUAGCCCUGCGGAGGAGCAAGGACAGAUCACAGUAGGAGAUCGUCUGCUGUGUGUAAAUGGCAAGAGUAUUGUUGGAGCAGACUAUCAAAGUGCUAUGAGACUUAUAAGAGCAUCUGGUGAAAACCUCACACUUCUUAUAGCCAAAGGAAAUGACACCAUUGCUGCUAAAGUGACUUCAACGAACUGUUGAUUUCUGAAUGAAAAGUGCUUAGUAAAUACGGAGU